ACCGUGUCUGACGAUUCCACCUCCAAUGUUAUCGUUCUUCCAGUGAUGGUCUUCACGAAGAUCUGCAUACCACCACGAAGACGGAGGCUGAGAUAAAGCCUGGAGUUGUCCCCGAUCCCGUAUUCAGACAGCGUACAACUGCCCUUCAAUUGUUUCCCCAUGAAUGUGAGACGCUGUAGGUCUGUCGGGAUAAAGGUGCGGGCUUCGAUCUUCGCCCUUGUAUGAUUAACUGUGCUAGAGGGCGUUACGUCCAGCAUCGUCGUCUUUCCCCCUAACAUGCCAAUGAAAAUUUGCAUAAUCGCGAAGCUAUUGGUGCCAAAUAAUGCUCCGGCACCGUCAAAUUCCUUUCCAGUUACGCUGACUCGUCUAUGCAGAGCCUGGUGGAAAGGGGGUGAUACAAUUUCAAACGGCCUAGCGCACCUUUAUAAAGGCCGAUCAUGGGCAAAAGUGUACAGGGACUGCUCCGAAUGUAAAGGUUUUCCGUGUACUGUUGCCGUACUGCAUUGCGCCCGGCUGACUUCCAAGCACAGCGCUGCACAUUCGAUCAGCAACGUUGGGCAGAUCAUAAAUGUGGUCACAGUAACGGCGACUAGUGUGUUGGAGCGUUGUGAUUGGCUGGGAGAAGCAAAUGCAACGUUAUCACCACAUUGCAGCGACUGGAACGGAAAUCAAAGUGCGUGCAACCGGACUUCCGUCAGCGCAAUUGAGACCUCACGAGUCACGAUCGUGACAACGUAGGAGCGGGUUUCCCCG